ACCGUCUGCCCGGCUCACCAUCACCACCACCACCGACCCUUUCGCGCGACACACGUUCGUUUUUUUUUUUCGUUUCGGUUUUUACGCGGAAAAUUUUUCCUUUCGUUCGAUGCCGCGACGGUGAGCGCCUGGAAAUUGAAUAUCGUCGGCGAUCUUCGCGAUCGAGACCCGACCCUGACCGAUCGAGGGGCGCCCUGUUUCGCACCGCCCUUAUCCGUGUCCCCACCAUAACUGGCGGCGCUGACUUAGAAGGCGCCGCGACGCCGUCGUGAACGUACGCUCUCUUCCUCUCGAUACGGCGGUCAUUCAUACACAUAUAACAUACAUGGUCAUAACUUGAAUGAUGUCGAUGAUGAGUGCGAGCUAUCAUGUUUAGUGAUCGCGGACAGUGACAGUGCUCUUGGUGCGCGGCGGUUGAAGAUGUCACGUAGAAAACAAGCUAGACCGAUACGUCUUCUCGAGGAUGACGAGGUGGACAAUGCGGGCGCCGUCGCCGUCGAACCUUCCACCCUUACCGACACCCUCGGCGCUACCGACGUCCCUACGGACCUCUGUGACGUGCUCAUGUGCCAGCGUUGCCAAGAACAAUUCACCGAGCUGCAAGAGUACCUGACGCACAAGGACGAGUGCGACAAGAAAGCCAUCAAACACGACGACCCCGCCCACUCCGACCCCGAGGACAUGGUCAUCUCCGAGGACGACGACGAAGACGACGUCGUCGGCGACUGCAAACGGAUAGACUACGCUAGACGCAAUCGUCAAGACGCCGCCAACAACAACAACGGCGUCGACGAGUCUCCCGAGAACCCCGACGAGCAUUUCGUCGCGGGACCCGCCGCCCCCGGCCACGUCACCCUCGAAGCCCUGCAAAAUACCAAGGUGGCGGUCGCCCAAUUCGCCGCCACCGCCAUGGCCAACAACUCCGACAAUGAGGCCGCCCUCCAAGAACUGGCCGUCCUCCAAUCGACCCUGUUCACGUUGCAACAUCAGCAGGUGCUGCAGCUGCAGCUGAUCAAUCAGUUGCAGCACCAGCUGCAGAUCGACAGGCACAAGGAGGACGAGACGCCCGUGUCGCCUCCCCCUUCCGAAUCGUCGCCGCCUCCGAAGGAGAUAUCGCGCGAACCGUCGCCGGCGGUCGAGGUACCGCCGCUACCGCCGCCCCCGGCUCUACCGGAAACCGACGCCCCGACGAUCGCGCCGCCUCCCCAGAUCCAGCCGCCCAUGUGUUCGAUAUCGUCGUCGCUCGCCUCCACCAUAAUCACCCACGGCAACGAUCCUCCGUCGCUCGACGAGCCCAACACCCUCGAGAUGCUCCAGAAGAGAGCUCAGGAGGUCUUGGACAACGCGAGCCAAGGAUUGCUCGCGACUAACCUCGCGGACGAGUUGGCGUUCCGAAAGAGCAAGGGCUCGAUGUCGCCGUACGACUCGAAGGGCAGGAACGAGCCGUUCUUCAAGCACAGGUGUCGGUACUGCGGCAAAGUCUUCGGUUCCGACUCCGCCCUCCAGAUUCAUAUCAGGUCGCACACUGGCGAACGGCCGUACAAGUGUAACGUGUGCGGCAGCAGGUUCACCACCAAGGGCAACCUCAAGGUUCACUUCCAAAGGCACAGCGCCAAGUUUCCCCACAUCAAAAUGAACCCGAACCCCGUGCCCGAACACCUCGACAAGUACCAUCCACCGUUACUCGCGCAGCUCGGUCAACAACCGUCGCUGUCUCCGGGUGGACCCCCGCCCCACCCCCACGUCGGUUUCGGCGGGUCGCAUCCCGCGUUCCCCGCCGCCCCCCUGUCCUUGUACCGCCCCCAGAUUCUACCUCCGCCCGAGCUGCAACCUCCUGCGCAGCGCGUUUUCCCUCCCCACCCGUUGUUCAUCAAACGGGAGGAGCAGGACGUCGCGGCGGAUUUGAGAAAACCGCCCCCGGUGUCGCCGCCGCCGCUCCCGAUCAAAAACGAGCCGGAAACUGAGACCGCGACGCUGAUGCCGAAGCGGGAACCCCACGAAGCGGGCGACAACGAACCCGAGCAGGAGCAGGACGUCGAGCAGGAGAGGUACGGGUCUCCGCCCCCCUACGACGACUGCAGCAACGAUAGCAAGUACAGCAACGCGAGCCACCUGCAGGAGGAACCGGAAAACUUAUCGAACCGGUCGGGGUCGGUGACCGCGCCCUUAAGCAUCUCCACGGGGCAGAGAUUGCCGGCGGGAUUCUCCUUCGGGCAAGCGAGUUCGCCGCCCAGCAGCACCUCGUCGGGUAGCUUGAGCACGUUCCCCAACAGCCAUGUGCCGGACAUCACCAAAGACCCCGCGAUCUACACGAACCUCCUGCCCAGGCCGGGCAGCAACGACAACUCGUGGGAGAGCCUCAUCGAGGUGACGAAGACCUCGGAGACGAGCAAGCUGCAGCAGCUCGUCGACAACAUCGAGCACAAACUAUCGGACCCGAACCAGUGCGUGAUAUGCCACAGGGUGUUGUCGUGCAAGAGCGCGUUGCAGAUGCAUUAUCGUACCCACACGGGCGAGAGACCUUUCAAGUGCAAGAUCUGCGGACGCGCGUUCACCACCAAAGGCAACCUGAAGACCCAUAUGGGCGUGCACCGAGCCAAACCGCCGAUGAGGGUGCUCCAUCAGUGUCCCGUCUGCCACAAGAAGUUCACGAACGCGUUGGUGCUCCAGCAACACAUCAGGCUGCACACGGGGGAACCUACCGAUCUCACCCCGGAACAGAUCCAAGCGGCGGAAGUGAAGGACUUCCCCUCGUCCGCGGGAGGGUUCCCGUCCAUGCACCCGUUCCUCGGGCAGGGGUUCCCGGUUCCGGGGCUUUCGCCUUUGGGGAACCCGAUGGCGAUCAACGUCAAGUUCGACCGAGACGGCAGGUCGGAGCACGAGAGCAUGGAAGACGACGACGAAGACGACGACGACAUCAGCACUUCCGAGAAUCAAAACGUACUGCCGCUGAUGAGUUCGUCGCCGCCCCCGUCGGAAAGCAAUCACCAUAUCAGUCCCGUGGCGUCGCGAAGUCCCCAGGACAUGCGGAACGGGGAGAAGUCGCCGAGUCCGGAGAGCGUCGGGGGUGCGAGGUCGCCUCAGAACCAGGUGCCGGUCGUAGGGCAGGUACCGCGUCCGCCUUCGCCGCCACAAGGCGGCAGCCCGACCCCUUCGGAGUGUAACUCCAUGGGGGCGUUGGAUUUGACUCCGAGGCAGAAUCAAAAUCGACCUUUGACGAGUCCGGGCGUAAGUCCGGGCCCUUCGCCGUCGCUGUUCUCGGCGUUCGGCAUCCUUCCGCAGGGCGGCCAGUCGCCGCUCAUGUCGUCGGCGCUGUCGUCGCUGACCUCGUCGGUGCUGACGUCGACGUCGUUCAGCCCGCUGCGGCUCGCGGUCGGCCCUUCGGGAAACCUGGGUCGAGGCAACACCACGUGCAACCUCUGCUUCAAGACGUUCGCGUGCAACUCCGCCCUCGAGAUCCACUACAGGAGUCACACGAAAGAGAGGCCGUUCAAGUGCACGGUGUGCGACCGCGGUUUCUCCACCAAGGAUUGUUGUGACUGCAACAAGCAGAGGCGUAUCCAGGAGGAUACAAAGCCUUGGAAGGCUCGUAACAGACCUCUUACCACCUGCACGAUCCCUUCAGUAUUUCCUUUACCGAUGAGCUCCGGAUACGCCUCGACUUGGAUGCAGAUGGCGGGCAACAUGAAGCAGCACAUGCUGACCCACAAGAUCCGCGACAUGCCUCAGCACAUGUUCGAGAACAAAUCAUCUUCGGUGAGUUGCGAAGACUCGACGUCGUUGCCGGCACGCGAACAAUCGAACGACGGUGACGUCGCGUUGCCACCGACGCCGACGACGCCCGCCCAAAAUCAAAUGCCGACGCAGACAUCCGUCGAUCACGGCGAGCAACAGUCCCACGCGAAACGGGAAUCCACGGAGACCGAAUUGCCUUUGCCGAAAAGGCCGCCCAGCAGCUUGCAAGCAAGUAAACACUUGUGCCACGUGUGCAAUAAGAACUUUUCGUCUAGUUCGGCCCUGCAGAUUCACAUGCGCACCCACACGGGUGACAAACCUUUCCGGUGCACCGUGUGCCAGAAGGCGUUCACUACCAAGGGGAACCUCAAGGUGCACAUGGGUACGCAUAUGUGGAGCAACGGGGCAUCGCGCCGAGGCCGACGCAUGUCUCUCGAUCUGCCCCCCAUUCCCAUGACGCCCAAGGAUUCCGAAUUUCUGCAACGGAGACCCGACCUCUUCUACCCAUACCUUCCAGCUCCGUUCCUUAACGGGAUGCAACAAAAGUUGAACGAAAUCACGUCGGUGGGGCCGAACCAGAACGGCCUGACUCCCACCGCGAAGUACGGAAGCCUAUUGGGAUUCGGAUACCCGCCCCCCGAAGCUAUUCCGUCGCAGGCUAACUCGCCGGAACGAGCCUCCGACAGGCCCCCGAGCGAGUCCGAGGCCAAGGCCGGCCUCUGGGACCUGCACUUCCAGCGGAAGAACGCGGAGGCGGCUCGCGAGGACCUGUUGCCCGCGUCCAGGGAAGGACUGGCAGCUUAAAAAUCUCCUGGAUCAGCGUGUUCCUAUUAUCGACUAGUCAUGUGAAACGAGGUAUUUCGGAACAUUUCGAGAGUCUUUUCGAAAUAAAUCAAAAUAUGCAGAUUUCGAAUUGAAGGCAAAACUUAACAAAUUGAACGGUUUCUCUUAUGGCCUUAUGCUGUUUUUAAAUUAUUGCUAAUCAAAACCCUGAAACUACCGAAAGACGUAGAAGAAAAGUGACGUCAUACACACCAUCCGAAAUAUGAGUGACACACCACAGUUUAUUUUCCAAAAAGUUUGGUGGUGCCCUCUAUUACGCAACACAUGAUAUACAGUUCUGGCAAAUGUCUGCUAACUUUUAUUAAAGUAAUAUAAUUAUUUUUUAAAUCCUUCUGGAACCAACAGAAUCUAAGUCAAUACACAAUAGAGGUUAUAUCGACAGUAUUCCAAAGGUUUAGUAAUAUUAGAUGUGUAUACAGUAGAUAAGACAAGACCCAGAUUCUACCGCACACAACAUGUCACACUCAGAUAUUCAGACAUCCAUCUAGCUGCUUUCUUUCUGAUAAAAACGAUUUUAUCAUAGCAUCAACACAACAUGAAACUCGUAUAAUCUAGCAUUACCAACACAGUUGCUGCACUUCAUCCUAAACUGUUAACAAUAAUAAUAAUAAUUAAAACGCAAAGCUUAGAAUAAUCCAGAAACCACAAGGCAAGAACAAAUGUAAAAACCGAAACUUGUACGCAAUUCAAACUGAUUGUAUGCAAAGCAACUUGGUUCACACUAAUACUGAGACAAACAUAGACAAAAGUAUAUGUGCCACCUACCGGUAGUUGUGGGAGCAAAAUCCAGCCUAGUUGCCUAAAAACGGAUUUAAAUGGCAAGCAUUUAAGUUACUCCAAUAUUUUGGAUCGUGUCUUAAACUAUUCGUCCAACUAACGUCUGCGAUUUAUAUCAGUUAACGCGAGUGACCUCAUCCGGCCCAUUGGAAAACCGUAAAUUGUUUAGUCCCCCGAUGGCAUUAUUAUGGACUUUAUAUAUUUUUAUAUAAAUAAUCUUCUAAAGUUUGACCUUAAAGUGUUUUAAAAACGUUUGCUCCAAGUUAUUCUUAGCUUUCAUCAAAAUUCUUUUCCUCUGCGCGCAGUUGUCGACGCAGGGUUACGUUAAUACGUUACGUGUUCUGUGAUCAACAUUGCGAACAUUCCUUUAACCGUCGUCGUUCGCGUUUAAGUUUCGCGAGUUCUCGACCCACCCUUCCGAAAUACCUUUGUCAGAAACUGUUUGGGGCAAUGCAUACUGUGAUAUAUCAUUGUAAAAUAUUACUUACAUAUUCUACUAUGUGUAAUAUUUAAAACAUUACGGCUAAUUCAUUUACACUGUAUCAUAAACGUAGCGUAAGAUUCCUAUGAAGUUAUAGUUGUUAUUCCGUGAGCGUUUCGAUGUGAGGUUAGAAAGGCGCCUCGUCUCGAAACGUUCCGCGGAAAAUAAUCGUUCUCUGUGUUACAAAAGCGGCGAUGCCAGUAUUUUAGCUUUAUAGGAGGAAUAUCAUUGAGGCGUGUACAUACUAUAAGUGUAAAUUGUAUUAUUACAUGUUGUCCACUUCGUUUGGCAUGUUCGUGAUCUGAAAAUCAUUCUAUGUAAAUAGGUAUCAUUAUUAUUAUUAUUAUUAUUAUACGUAUGUGUAAAAUAAGACUGUUAAACUUAUGUUGCUUAGUAUUAGUACAAACAUCUACGUUUCGUUCCCGUGACAAGACAAGAAAAAACAACACUACCCGUAUUUAGCGUCUUAAAUUUAAUUUUUCGGACAACAAAUAUGGGGAAACGGAAAUCAAUCGAUCGUAAUCAGUAAGUGUAGACGGUUUUAAAUUCUGGCUGAAUGUACAAAUAAUUUUUAAGUGAAAAUAUAUCUGUAUUUAUAAAUGCGUAAAAUGCCAGUUGAAUUCUGUUUUAUUAUAAUGAAAUACAAUUAUUUAUCUCAUACACGUGGCUCGUUAUUUU